ACUCUUUGGCGUGUCCACUCUUUAAGAAUAAUCAAAAUUGUAUUGAACGAGGAUGCUUAUUGGAGUGCAAGCGACAUGUUCAACACACACAGCACGAUGCACUUCUGGUGGGCUUCACAGGCUCACCGCCAUGCAAAGCUUCUUGCGAUGGACAGCGAUGGUCAAGUAGUCCGAAUGACGAAGGAAGUUUGAAUGGACUUAAGAAAAGGACUGUUGGUGAGGAAUGGUUUGAUGAUUGACAGCCAGUGCUGAGGCUCUCCAUGUCCUCCUUCCAGAUGUUUGAGAACCCAAGUGAAGUGAGAAUAUUUCUGGCGUGCCUGAGUCUGAUCUUGAACUUUCUAUGAACACAGAGCCUGUUGGAAGCAAACAGCACCAACAUGAACAUGAACAGUGAGCCCGUGUAUGCGUCGUCUGACAUCCCUGUGACCACACCACGUGUCAAAACGACUGCCUCAGUGCCCAGUUUCUGGACUUUUUGGAAUAUAGCGACAAUCGCUGGCGGUGUAGCUGCUCUCGUCUUUGUCACAUCUAUCAUCAUUAUCAUCGUCGUGCUGUGUAAACGACGACGCGAAUCAGUCCAUGAGGUUAGUGUAGUGGAGUACCCGGACCUUUGCACAGCCUCGUCAACAUUUUUCCUGUCGGUGGAGGACACCGACAACGAUAUAUUGGCCGUCAACGACAGCAACGCCGACAACGACAACAGACGCAGCCGAAACCCAGGUCGUCAUGUCAACAAGGCACCCACAUCCGUCGCCUUGGCGCCCACUGCAGACAACAUUUCCCAGAGACCGAGCGAAUGUCUGCAGCCUGCAGAGGAUGAAGUGGAAAGUCCCGUGGUGCCUCGCAAAAAACAUGGCGGCGGUGGCGCUUUUGGUAGACAACUCUCGGAACAAACUGUAGACAGACAUGGCGCUGGGAGCGCUUUUAAUAGACAGGUUUCAGAACAAACUGUAGACAGACAUGGGAGCACAGUGGACAAGCGCCAGUCUGAAAGCGAGGCUAUCUAUGAUGUUCCGAAAAUCGCCUUCAAGAGGAUUGCAUAUGGCAACACGUUAGUGUGGACCAGGGACAAGGGGGCGGGCAGGAAGUCCAGCACACCCUCCGAUGAUCAAAGGAAGAGUUCCAGGUCAGGGGUUGUGUACGACAUCCCCAGAAACUUGAGUGUCAAGAGAUCUCGAAUAGCGAAAAGUUCACAAUGAGUUUUCAAGAAGUUUGUGGCAGUUCGAUUCCGUUCGGGGAACCUUUUUGUGAAAAGGAUGUGUGAAAUGACUGUGAACAUCUUUCUUCAAGCUGUUGCAAAGUUAACGGUGAAAAAUGUUUAUAUGCAUUCUAACAAUCAAACGACACUUUUUUCAAAAUAUAAAACAUAAUUAAAAUGGUGAGGAACAUUGUUUCCAAGAGUAUCCGUGUUUUGACUGUGUGCUACAGUCAAUGUUAGAGUGUUGUUAACAUAUAAGGUUAAAAAUAUCAAACCUGUAUGACUUCUCUCCAAUUAUCUUUAAAACAUAUCACACUUUGGAUUUAGAAUUUAAAGGACAAGAAGUUUCCAAGUUUUACCUCGGGUGAAUGAGAGGAAGCCAUCAUCUACUUAAGUUCAUAUACUAGUCUAUACAUUACCAGCUUUUCUUUCUACAUUUUGCUGACUCCUUUUACCUUCAAAGAAACAUUUUGUGGAUUUUUCUCCGUUUUCGUGAUUUAAAUGACCUUUUAAUUAUUGAAAUAAUCUAAUGUGGAUGACCUUUGUGACUUGUAUUGUAUUAUAUUGUUGUAAGAUGAUCCGUUUGUCUGAAAAUUUGUUUAGGAAAAAUGCUAAUGGAAUCAUUAAAGUACAUGAUAAUUUCCCGCCACUUCUCUCACUGUUUUCUCUUUUCGUCGGUGAAACAAUUCCUUUUCUAUUCUACUGCGAUUGCUUUCAUGUCCUGUAUACUUAAAGACCAGUCUGGACUGUGAGCGUUUUUAUCAGAUAUCAGUAGACAUAGGUGAUAAAAAACUAACCUGUAAAUGUCAGCCUCCAAUCCCCAAUCAGUGAAUUAAUUAUCCGCUACGAUUCGCACUUGCGAUUAACGAGCGCCGCUAACUGUACUACGUCACGUUGGUGCACCAUUCACAACAUUACCUGCAGUCAACACCAAUCAGAGAAAGAGAAUGAGAGAGAGAAUGAGAGAGAGAGAAUGAGAGAGAGAGAAUGAGAGAGCGCCUCCUGUUCCUGAUGUUUGCGAAGUAUUAAAGACUCAGGGGCAACUACUCUUACGUACUGUACUGUGCCGGGGUGUGCGCUGAUGUUUAACUUCUCUUUGAUCUUUUCUUUGUGUGAGGUAGUCCCCGUUUCUUUUGCGUGUACUCGUUUAGGUGUAUUCUCGUUUUGUUUUGUUUGUUUUUACUUUUGGAUUAAACUUCUUAUUUGUAUCGUU